ACAUCUGGAGGAGGGAGCUAUUUGCAGCAUCACUUGAUUCCAGCAUCAGUUGCUUUCGCAUAUUUCUUCGUUUACUAAAGAGGAAAAUCCGCCUGACAGUCUUUCUGAUGUGCAGUUCUCAGUUCCGCUCGGGAUUUUAAGGUCUCUCGAUCACAUCGGACAGAGUGCUGCGCCCACAUGGGCAGUGUCCUGGCUUUGUCUUCUGGUCCAGGCCAUCAGAGCUGGCCUUUCUCCACGGACCCCCCUCCUUUUCGCUGGGACACGCAUCCUGCUCACUGGGACAGUCCGCCACGCUGGGAGAGGAGAGAUGGCCGCCUGCCCAACCCCGGUAGCUUUCACUCUCUCCACAGGAGCUGCAAAGAUGUUUUUCCUCAACAGAUUGAGGGAGUUAAGAUGAUCGUCAAUAAAACUCUGAGCAGCUUCUUCAAGGUCAGUCAUACUCUGCAUCUCAGUGCUGUUAGUCCUUCGAACUAUCGAUUCCACGUGGAGCAUCUGCAGUCUGACAAUUACAGCAGAGACAAGGAUGCCCCAGCAUUGAUCGGUGAGAUGGACUCUUCGGGUAGUCUGAAUGCUCACGCUCUGCUGCAUCUCACUGAGCGUGUACGAGCCAGAACAGUGUUCCAGACUCAGCAGUCCCAGUUUGUAACGUGGCAGUUUGAGACUGAGUACAGAGGGAACGACUUCACUGCUGCUGUGACAGUAGCCAACCCAGACGUCCUCAGAGAGUCAGUUAUCCUUGUGGCACACUUCCUGCAGAGCGUGUCCUCUGGACUGGUGUUAGGAGGGGAGCUGGUCUACCAUCGGGGAAGAGCAGAGGAAGGAGGAAUUCUUACUUUGGCUGGACAGUACUCGCGUCCAAACUGGGUGGUGACGCUGAAUGCUGGGAAAGGAGGUGCCCAUGCGAGCUACUAUCACAGAGCCAACAAACAGAUCCAAGUUGGAGUGGAGUUUGAAGCGAGUACCAGGACGCAGGAGACCACAACCUCGUUUGGGUAUCAGAUGGAACUCCCAGAGGCCAACAUGGUAUUUCGAGGUAUGAUAAACAGUCGGUGCAUAAUAGGAGGCGUGUUGGAGAAGCGCCUCACCCCGCUCCCUGCCACCCUGAUUAUGGGUGCCUUUGUAAAUCACAGAGGGGACAAGCUGCAAGUGGGCCUAGGAGUCAAUGUGGGAUAAUCCUCCAGUAAUCCCUGGUGGCAUUACAGCUCACUGUCAGGACAACCGUCCAGAGACCUAUUUUAAGAGGCUCCAUUAUAACCUAAAUUUGCAGGGUCCAUCAGCCUCAGUAAACCACCUGAGUAUCAUGGAUGUUUUGGGUGUUGAAGCCCAAAGUGUUUCCUUAAAUUGAUGCAUCUCAUUUUGCAACCUACCUCUCAAAAUGGAGGUGAUGUUUCUUGUUGGGUGACAAUAGGAUUACACAGGAAGAUUGGAUUAACAUUUUUAGGGGCUGGUUUCUCCCUGAAACCAGACUGCACAUCACCUUCUGGAUAAUGGAAACAGAAAGGAUAAGAGGCAUACUGUACUGUAAACUGCAAAUAAAUACAAGUUUUAUACUGUA